CCAAAAUAGAUAAUAAAUAAAAAUAAUAAUAAUAUAAUAAUUGGAAAAGGAAAAGAACAACAUUACCUUCCUCAUUUUCGUGCUUCAGUAAAAACUACUCAGUAAGUGUGAACGAAGCUUUUUAUGGAAAACCCCUUUCCCUUAUAAUGAGCAUUGGGCUACCUCAUUGCGAUUAAAGUCCCAAACUUGGGUAAUCAGAGGAGAAAGGCGAUCGUAAUCGGUUCAGAAAAUCGAAGUGUUUUUGGUAAUGGAGUCCAAGUGGGGAAGACUAAGGGCAGCCUGGUUUUUCCGCUUCACAAUUUUGGCUCUGAUGGCGACCGGAGUUAGAUCUUGGACCGGCGAAGUCCACGGCCGGGUAGUGUGCGAUGUGUGCGCCGACUCUUCAAUCGGCCCAGAAGAUCAUGCCCUACAAGGUGCUGAGGUGGCGGUGCUUUGCAUAACCAAGUCUGGUGAAGUUUUGAACUACCAAGCCUUCACGAAUUCGAAUGGAGUAUAUGUAGUAGCUGAGACCAUGCCAGAGAGUGAACGUUGGGAUUCAUGUCUGGCGAGGCCCAUUAGCAGCUUCCAUAGUCACUGCACUCAUUUAGGAGAAGGUAAUUCCGGUGUGAAGUUCAGUUACAAUCAUCCAUCAGGUUAUUCUCAUACUGUUAAACCCUUUGUUUACCGGCCGGCCAUUGUGCCGGCAUAUUGCUUUUAGAAUGUCCCGUGAAAAGAAUUAUACAUAUACCUUUUUUUUUUUUAUUUAUGUGAAAGAAAAUGACCAAUCUGUAUAUGUGUCGGAUAAUAUAUUUAUAUUUAUAAACAAGCUGCAAGCUUGAUUUCAUUGUUUUUCCGUAUAUACGGAACAUAAUUACAUGUUUUUAGACGAUAAACUUGCCAUUUGAUUGGGAUUUGGGUUCAUGUUGCUGCUGGGGUUUGUUUCUACUUGUGAGUUGAGUUUUGUGUGCUAAUUUAUUUCCCCAGCAUUUUUCUCCUUGUUUUAAUUCUUGGUUCAACUAGUGCUUUUCUUUUUUAAAACUACUUCUCACCAUCUUUAUACUGUUAAAGGUUGUGCUUCUUCAUGAGGCUUUUUGAAUUACUUAUGAGUUUUACGAAAAGUGAUUUUCGAACGGUGUGUACGUGCAAUUGCAUUAUGUUUCGGUUCGGAUAAUCGACUAUGCAAGUUUCAAGUUUGUAUUUUCUAUGCUUCUUUAAAUUGUUGAGACACUCGAAUUUCCAGCAAAAAAAACAGCGAACGUUGUGAAGAAACUCGAUUUCCAAUUUUAGUCAAAAUAAUUUAGUAAUGUUCCAUCUUCGGGCCCUAUGACACCAUCAUCACACAAUCUCGACCGACAAAACGGGCAGCUCGGGUUCACAUAGACCCACCUCAGAAUACAAAAUCCAUGAAAAACGUGCUCGCACGGCAUCCGUAUAGCCUCCGAGCCCUUCUUCAAACCCUUGAGGCAAAUCGAGCACUCGUCGUUGUUUUCCCCUCCGAACACCUUCACCGACCUCAUCCCGAAGCACUUAUUCUCCGUGGGAGACCUCACGGUAAGCCCGCGCAAUAUCCCGAACCACCGCGAAUCGCGUAGCCUCACGUCGUUCGAAUUCUCCCUUAUCCACCCGUCGAGUGGGCCCCGCCCUCCUCGACUGUUAUUCCUACGGCCCUCCCUCUCGUCAGCCAGUCUCUUAUAAUCCUCGUCGCGUAUUUUCUCCAGUUUUCCAAUCCGAACGUCGAUUUUGCUCACGCUCUCGUCGUUCGCGCACGCGCGCAAGUUUUCGAGGAGUCGUGAUUUGAUCUCGUCGAGGUUUAGUGAACGGCUAUUGUUGUUGUUGUUGUCGGAGGGGAAAUCGAGAAUGCCCCAAUGGAUGUUUUCUCGGAAGGGGAAAGGGAUUUCGAGUCUGUCGAGCAUUUCGGAUAUUUUGUCGAGCUGGUCGAGUAGGUUGGUCGAGAGGAAAGUCGAGCGUGGGAAUCGGAAGUCGGUUUUCGAAGGCGUGUGGUCGAUUAUCGGGAAGAAUUUUCCGGCGCGAUUUGUUGGGGCGGAACCGAGCGUGAUGGAUACUUGGACAGUGAGGUUUUCCGGGUCGGGUUUUGGGAUUCGGAUCGGUGGCCGGAAAGCGAGAACGUAGGUUAAGCUUUUUGCCAUUGUUAUUUGCUUUGAUUUCCUUUUCUUUGUGUUUGGUUUUGAUUCGUUCUUGAUAUGUUGGAUUGUGUAUUUAUA